AUGACACAAUGGCCAAUCCAAAGAAAUGUUUAUACAUUAGUAUCACAAACUAAUUCAAUGAAUAAAUCAAAUCAACAAGAAAGUACAAAUAUCCUAACAACACAUAAUAUAAAUACGCCACGUAUAUCUUCAACAAAUAAUCAUCAUACAUCUCAACAACAAUCUUCAACAUUUAAUACAUUUGAUGAUAGUCUAACAAAUCUUUCAUGGUUACAUGAUAUAAAUAUAUUAAAACGAACAAUGCCACCAAUAAAUUCUUCAUCAUCUACAACAAAUAAUAAACGCAAAGAACAUCCAUCUUCUUGUUCAUCUUCAUCAAAUCGUGAGUCUGUUUAUCCAAAUGAUAUAUCAGAUAAUAAUGAUUUACCAAUAAAUAAUGAUGAUGAUGAUGAUGAUCAAUGGCGUAUGUAUAAAACAAAUCCACAUGCAAAACCGGUCUAUUCAUAUUCUCAACUUAUAUUAUUUGCUUUGAAACAAUCUGGACAUGAUAAAAUGACAUUACAAAUGAUAUAUGAUUGGGUUGCAGAAAAUUUUCCAUAUUUUAAAAAAAUGGAACCAACUUGGCAGAAUUCUAUUCGACAUAAUUUAUCAUUAAAUAAAUGGUUUAUAAAAGUUCCACGUACAAAAAAAGAAGCUGGAGGUGGUAAAGGUGGCUUUUGGAAAUUAUCACCUGAUUAUGAAAGACAACGUUCAUUAAUUCAUAUUCAACAACAACAACAACAACAGAUGAAUUCUACACAUAAUAAGCGUUCACGUCAUUCGAAGCGAUCAACAUCAUCAUCAUUAAAUCAAAUUAUAUCGAAUAAUGUAACACCAUUAGUAAAAAAUUCAUCUCGUAUAUCUUAUGAAAAUAUUAAAACUGAACCAUGGAUUGAUCCUAUACUUCCAUGUAUUGGAUCAAAAACUCAAUCACCACUUCAUUGUCAUACAACAAUUGUUGAUCGUUCAUAUGUACGAAUGCCAAGUAGUUUUCUUUCUCCAACAUCAUCUCCUGAUUCUUUAACUAUUUCACCAUUUAAUCAUCAACAAAUACAUGAUUUAUCAUCUAUAUUAACUCCAUCACCAUCUAGUUCACCAUCAUCAAUGUCAUCAGUUAUAUCAAAACAAAAUUUAAAUGGAACGAAAUUAGAUGAUACAGAUAUGCUUUUAUUAGAUUCAUCAACAUUUGAUUGGGAUGCUUAUUUGUAUGAAACACCAAAUGAUAUUGAUGUUCAACCAUUAUUAUCGUCAAGAACUGAACAUGAUCUAUUUAAUGAUUUUAAUGCAGCAUUGUCUGAUUUAACAUCUUCAGCUGAGGCAGCAGCAGCAGCCGGUGCUGAUACAAAUAAUGCUUUUGAUGCUUUUGAUUAUACAUCAAAACAUUCAACAUUCAAUUGCUUAUUUGAAGAUGAUGAUCAAUCACAACAACAACAACAACAACAACAUAUUAUUGAAUCUUUUAAUAACUCAACAGAUUUAACUAUAAAAGGUUGUGGAAUAAAACGACCAUCAUGGUGGAUUACAAAUGAAAGUAUAACAUCAACUAAAUUACCAUCUCUAGAAACAGCUUUUGAUCUCAAAUUAUCCAAAUAA